CCCCGCGCCCCCAGUCACAAGCGGAGGCCUGGUAGCUUCACCCGGGGAGGGGUCGAGGCGACCCCGUAGAGCCUCACCUCCCGGCAAGCCCACGCCCACUUCGGGCUCUGGCCCUCCCUUGGGGCCUGGCACCCUGCCCGUCCUCUCUCCCGCACCCAGGGGUGGGGAAGCUGCCACCCGAGAGGAAAGACCAGGAGCUGAACCGCUUUUUGGAGCUUGUUUGUCGCAUCAAGAAUGAAACGACCCCGCGAAGUCCCCCUACGCUUAGAGCCUCGUAGCCCUUCUUCGUGACCCGAGGAGAAGCACGUGCGGACCUGAUCGCGUGGCGCCUCCCAACGGCCUCGGCUGUGACCAGACCCCAUUUCCCUUACAGAGAAGAUGGACGGCGGGAGCAGGAGCGUGGGCCUGGAGGGGACGCUGGCGUGCGGUCCUGUGUGAACACGGUGCCCGUGGCUCAGAGCAGUCCAGCACUCAGUCUCCGUAGCCGGCCUCCCCCUGCCGCAGAGCACAGCAAGGCCAGGAAGCAUGAGUGACCCGCCCGGCGCCCCCAGCUCGCCUGGUGUCAGCCUCUGACCUGGCCCUCUGGACUCUGGCCCGGCAGGCAGUCCCCCAUGGCCGCGUGGCCCAGCAGAAUGGCAUCCUGCCAGCAUCCUUUCUUUCCAUCCAGGAUGUGAAAGGGGCAGAAAAAUAAAGACCCACCACUCCGCACGCCCCUCCCUGUCUGCUAGAAUGUUUCUCAUGAACGCCCCUCCUGUGGUCGCUCUCCAGUCCAAAUGGGAGGCCUUCGGCACUCCAGGAAGCUUUAGGUUUCCUGGGUGCUUCUCGGAGCCGAAGGAGGGCGUCUCAAGGGCUUCGGUGAGUGCCCAAGUGCAGAUGGUCAUCAGCGCGCUCCAGGGCGACCAGGCUGCUCUGGGCAUGAGCGAUGAGCUUGCCGUGCACAGGAGCCAGAGAGCAGAGAAAGGCCAGGACGCCAGGCUGGCCGCCACCCCCGCGUUUACUGCCUGUGGUCUCAGCACUGAUUUUGUCCCUUCGAGGGAGGAGGAAGCCGCAGACUUUGGCCCCUUGGUGCUGGAUUCGGACAGCGACGACUCCGUGGACCGGGACAUCGAGGAAGCGAUCCAGGAGUACCUGAAGGCCAAGAGCGGGGCCGCCCAGCUGCCUGGGGCCACGGAGGGGGGCAGGCGGUCCAAACCAGAAGUUCCUCUGAGUAGCACCCUGAUGGCCCCGUGUCCCCCGAAGUUGGCACCCAGCCCAGGAGGCACCCCUGGCAGCCGCGCGGGAGCCGGCCGAGACCGGGGCUCCACCUCCCCGGUUAGCGUUAGCAGCGACGACUCCUUUGAGCAGAGCAUCCAGGCAGAGAUCGAACAGUUUCUGAACGAGAAAAGGCAACACGAGACCCCAAGAUGUGAGGUUUCUGUGGACGCGAAACCAGACCUGAGCUAUAAUGCGGUCAGAUCAGCAUUUAGAUCCGGCAAAGAGCCGACAGUCAAGACGCAUCAGCAGGAAGUGAUGGGAGCCUGCAAGGACUUUCUCUUCCGGAAACCUCCCAGGCUAGCCAAGGUGAGCGCGCGGCCCCGAGGCCUCAGGUCCAAGGCCACUGCCGAGCCAGAGAGCGUGGACCCCCGCCCUGCAGAAGCAGCGCAGAGUAAAGGCGCGGUCAGGAGGAGUGCUGGCCCUGGGCGGAGGGCCACGCGAGCCAAGAGCACAGCCCUGGUGUCCAAGGCGUCUGGCUCCAGCAGCGAUGAUGGCAUUGAGGAGGCCAUCCAGCUGUACCAGCUGGAGAAGAGGAAGGAGGCGGGCGGAGACCCGCUGCAGAGAAUGCUGGGUGGGGAGGGGAGGGAGCCCGACCCUCCCUCGCGCAGCACAGGCCAUGCCACCAAAGGUACCUUGCCUGAAACCCGCAGGAAAACACCCGGCAGGAGGAAGCCCACAGCCCCGAAGGCCGUGGACCUCAGCCCAGGUGGCCCUGACCCUGCCCACCCCUCCAAGCCACCCAGAGAUCCCAGAGCUGCUGAAAACGAGCUUGCGGAACGGCCGCCAUGCCGGGCAGAUACGUCCGCUGAGCUGAUGUGUGCCGAAGCAAUUUUGGACAUUUCCAAAACCAUCCUGCCGGCCCCUGCAGUGGGCAGUGAGAGACCCCUGCCCACCGGCCCACUCUCCUGCCCCCUGACCGUGCCCUCCCGCUGCGAUGGGGACAGCAGCUCCGUGGACAGCAAUGACAGCAUAGAGCAGGAAAUCCGGACGUUCCUGGCUCUGAAGGCACAGUCAGGAGCUUGGCUGGCCCGAGCGGAGAGCUGCCCGCAGACCACUCUGAGCCCAGCACCGCCACCUGGCCCUAGGGUCCCCAGCUCUAAAACGCUGGACCUGUCGCUGAGCUGCAAAAGGAAACGCAGAGGAGGCAGCCACGCCAGGCCACUGUCCACACCCAAGAAAGCGAGAGAGAUGGUGCAGGAGGGCGCCCGGGAUCCUGACCACAGCCCAGCGAGCGCACAGCCUGGCCAGGCCCCCAGGGCAGAAGGCCAGACCAAGGGCCAGCCCAUCCCCCGCAGGCCCCGUGAGGUGGGCGACCAGCACAGUGGCCCCGGGGGCAGCGUGUGGCCCGGCCAUGGGAACAUGGCCCCAGCGCCGAGCGCUGGUGAGCGGGGCAGCUCUGAGGACAAGAGCAGCUCCCUGGACAGUGAUGAGGACCUGGACUCCGCCAUCAAGGACCUCCUGCGGUCCAGGCGGAGGCUCAAGAAGAGGUGGAGGGACCCCAGGGCCACACGCAAGAGGAAGGUCAGGUUCAGCACCACCGAGCCCCAGUUCUUGCAUAAACUCGGUGGCUUGCGGAGAGACUGGACGGACAGAAGCCCCCAUCUGUUGAAAAGCUGCCUCUCGAAGCCCAAAAAAGACAACAGGGAGAACCUGGGGAAAAAGGCUCUGAGCAUCUCCUGCAGAGACCCGGAGAGAACCAGAGCAGACGGCGCAGGCCCCGGCGAUGUGGCCCCGGCCCUCCCGCUCCGGAGAAGGGCGUCUGAAGGGAAUCUGUUCUUCUGUGAAGCCACCCCCUGCGAACUUCACGGUGCAGCCGCCGGCCCUCAGCCCCCGCCCGAGGACAGCAGCUCUGUGGACAGCGAUGACAGCAUCGAGCUAGAGAUCAGGAGGUUCUUGGCCGAAAAGGCCAAGGAGUCCGGGAACAGCUCGGAAGCCCCAGGAGGGGGCCCAGCCGCCCCAGGGAUGGGGAGCGUGCCUAGGCCAGAGCUGCCGUGCCGGAAGGGGCCGGUGCCCACCCUGACCCCUCAUCCCGGUGUGUGCACGCGGAGCCAGCGGGGCAGGGGCGGUCCUCAACGGGCCGGAGGCCCGGGGGGUGCGGGCAGAGCCUUCCUUCCGGGCGGGAGGAGCGGCCCCCGAACAGAGCAGGCCUGCCUCCCCAGAGCCGUGGCCAGGCACACCAGCAUGGCGGGGGCCCUGUCUGCCAAAGGGUCGGCUGCUGGUCGGAGACUGGUUUGCACCCACAAAGAUCAGAGCCCGAGAGGGACCGAGCGUGCCAGGGAACGUGCUCUUGGCUCGCUGCCUGCUCGAGCUGAAGUGGGCCCCCGGGCAGAAAGCCCCGGUAUGGCCUUUGCUGUGACGACCCAGGGCCAGAGCCCACGGACUCAGAAGCCGGGAGCAGAUGGGCUAGGGAGCCCGCAGGCCAGCCUCGCCCUCCCGUGGGCCAACUUCGCCCACCAGAGUCGGCUGCAGAGCACGUGGGCGCUGAGCCCAGAAGGCAGAGAGGCUGUGUGGAGAGGGGGCCUCGGCGGCCAGAGAGAGCAGGGGCCGGAGGGCCAGGACUCCAAGAAAGGCCUGCCCUUCACGGGCUUCUCAUCGCUGCUGUCCACACAGCUGUUCCACUUUGGAAAGAGCGUCUCCUGGGGCGACAAGCAGGCCGGCGUCUUCAGCCCACCCCUGAGUCUGCCCCUGCAGGGCCCGGCCUUCUCAGCCUUCAGGGAGACCCCAGCCGGCCACAGCCCCGUGUUUGGAAGCGCACCCCUGCUCACAAAGAAAGAGGGGGGACACUGGCCUGGCCGGAAGUCCCAGGCGGCGUGCGGUCUGCACGCCAGGAGGAACUCGGGCUCCGAGGAGGACGUUCUAGACCUGCGGUACAGGCGGGGGGCCACCGGUGGAGGCAGUGAGGCCCAGGAGGCCUUGGGGAGUGACUCCAGCGAGCUCAGUGACACCUCCGUGGAGGAGGGCGGUGGCUCGGGGGCAAAGGGCAAAGCCCUCCAGCCAUGAGGCCGCUCGCGGGCUCCGUCUUCCUGGGAAGCAGACCCGCUUGUGCCCCUGCGUGUGCGUGACACUCCCCACCCCGGGACAGAACACAGAGGCCGCUCUGCGCCGCCCUGUAUAUACUCCGUGCACUGGGAGCGAUGGUGUUAUUUAACGGAUGUGUCCUGGAAUAUAUGAUUUUUGUAGCUUUUUUGUAAAUUAUUUAAAGUGCUGUAAAAAAUAUUUUUGGAAGUUAACCGUUGUUCGAUUUUGUAGGGCGGGCCUCGCCGCGGCUUUCCAUGGUGUCCAGGCGAGCGUGAGACGAGUGGACAUGGGACCAUCGUAGCCAGGGGUGACGUGAUCUGACUCUGAUAGUUCAGGGCAGUUGCGGCUGGGAAGGGCUGGCUGCGCCCGGGGAAGGUAGCAGUCGCCACCGGCCCGCCCUGAGAGUCACAAAGGCACCCACAGAAGUCUCCGCUGGGAAGCUGCUGGACAGCAAUUUAACAUAAAGGCCCCUGGGCCCACGAGGCCAGAGUGAGGCCUCCGGACUCUACACUUGUGGCCUCAAUUGGAAAACAUCUCAAAGCACAAAGGCCAGCGAGCGCACGACUGGCCGUCCCCUGUUGCAUGUGGAAAUGCCACGGGAGGCCUCGGUGGCACACGAGGUCCACACCUGAGCCCGUGGUGUUUCACACCCAGCCCCGUGCGACCCCUGUGUGAUUCUAGCGGCUCAAUAAAGCUCUUUUUUAUGGGAGCCACUGUUCUCCAGUCUUAGUCACAGAUCCGAAGGGUAACAGACAACCUGUGUGUUCUCAAUGUCCUCCUCUUGGCCCAGGCACUGGAACACACAAGGCUUGAGCCACUUGGCCGGUUCUGGUCCCCAACGCUGCAAGCGCCCGGCACAAGGCCCUGCACCCUCCCGGGAUCGGGGCCUCAUCAAGGUGGGCUCACACCACCCAGCAGACACGCCUGGUGGCUUUCCCAGGGCCUGCCUUCCCCAGGCAGGACCAGGGCCUGGCCCCACACGGUGCAUGGUCACGGGCGGGGCGCCCGGCCUCAAGGUGUGUUUGAGCUGAGCUGUGGGGCCUUGCCGGGUGGAGAGGAGCGGGGCUCCCCAUGCCUUCUGCUCAGAGGCAACCCACGGGGUGGGCGCUCAGCGGUCACGGCGGUGCCGUGCGGCAGUCCAGCAGACUUCCGGCAGUGACCCCAGUCUUCACGGCUCUCCACUGCCGUUUGGCUGUGCUGGACUCAGAGCAAGGUUGACUUUGCAGCUCAGUUUAGCCGGCGUUGAACACGCGAGUGAAUUUUCCGGGAUUUAGCCACACGGCACUCCCGCACCCACGCCGCAGCUGCCCAGGACGCGUGCGGGCGCCUUUGCCAGCGCCCGUCCGGUUCUUACUCACUUAGGUGCUUCCGGGGGAAAACAGUUCAAUUCGUGUAAUCUAUGCUUUAAGUUUAAUUUUUAAAGAGUGGUCUUCACACUUGAAAACAAAAAUCAGCUUGUUUUGUACAUAAGAACCGGAUUUUUAAAAACGCUAAUAAAUCAAACACUGCUCACGA